AUGAACAAGAUGAAAAACUUCAAGCGGAGGUUUUCCCUCUCGGUUCCACGGACGGAGACCAUCGAGGAGUCACUGACGGAGUUCACGGAGCAGUUCAACCAGCUCAACAACCGCAGGAAUGAAGGGGAAGGACAUCUCCACAUCUCCUUGGCCCGGGUGUCCCCAGACAGCAGCCCCAUCUCCCCCCCCGAGGGGGAGGGCCAGUCCCCCACCGCCGUGCGCUACCGCCCCAGCGCCCAGCGCCGCUGCUCCACCGAGGAUGUCAGCAAGAGGCUCUCCCUGCCCAUGGACAUCCGCCUGCCCCCCGAGUUCCUGCAGAAGCUGCAGAUGGAGAGCCCGGAGUUCCCCAAGCACCUCAGCAGGAUGUCCCGACGGGCCUCCCUCUCAGAUAUUGGGUUCGGGAAGCAGGAAACGUACGUUAAACUGGAUAAACUGGGAGAGGGCACUUACGCCACGGUCUUCAAGGGGCGCAGCAAGCUCACUGAAAACCUGGUUGCCCUGAAGGAAAUCCGCCUGGAGCACGAGGAGGGGGCACCUUGCACGGCCAUCCGGGAAGUGUCACUGCUGAAGAACCUGAAACACGCCAACAUCGUGACCCUGCACGACAUCAUCCACACAGAGCGUUCCCUCACCCUCGUCUUCGAGUACCUGGACAAUGAUCUCAAGCAGUACCUCGACAACUGUGGGAACCUGAUGAGUGUUCACAAUGUGAAGAUCUUCAUGUUCCAGCUGCUGCGUGGUCUGGCUUACUGCCAUGGGAGGAAGAUCCUGCACCGAGACCUCAAACCCCAGAACCUGCUCAUCAACGAGAGAGGAGAGCUCAAGCUGGCUGACUUUGGCUUAGCCAGAGCCAAGUCAGUCCCCACCAAAACGUACUCCAACGAGGUGGUCACGCUGUGGUACCGGCCCCCUGACGUCCUGCUGGGAUCCACUGAGUACUCCACACCCAUCGACAUGUGGGGCGUUGGGUGCAUCCACUACGAGAUGGUGACGGGGCGGCCCAUGUUCCCCGGCUCCACGGUGAAGGAGGAGCUGCAUCUCAUCUUCAGGCUGCUGGGAACCCCAACAGAAGACACCUGGCCUGGAAUAACAUCCAACGCCGAGUUUAAGGCUUACAAUUUCAUGCAGUACCGAGCUCAGCCGUUGAUAAAUCACGCCCCAAGGCUGGAUUCAGAAGGCAUUGACUUGCUGAUGAACCUCCUUCUGUUCGAGGCCAAGGGGCGCAUCUCGGCCGAGGCAGCUCUGAGACACCCCUACUUCAAGAGCCUGGGGGAGCGGGUGCAUCUCCUGCCUGACAAUGCCUCCAUCUUCUCCCUGAAGGAGAUCCAGCUUCACAAGGACCCUGGCCACCGAGGCUCAGUCUUUCAGCAGUCAGCCCGAGGGAAGAACAGGAGGCAAAGUAUAUUUUAA